AUGACGUGGAAUGAGUCCGGAAACUCAGUUUUCAAGAUCAACAUCAGAGGACUUUGCUUCAGCAGUGUAUGGCCGCUGACAGACUGGAAGCUCUUUCGCGCUUACAGUGUCUUAAUCUGGAUUCUGGGCCUGGAGAAUAUCGUGGAAGGUGUGGUUGGGAUUUACCUGAGCCAUGGGAACUUGGAAGAGAUAACACUGGUGCUGCCCAAUACGUUCACCACUGCCGGCGGCUUCUUCAAAAUGGCGUUCUUCCUCAGGGACCCCUAUAGUUACAACGUCCUGGUCCGCCUCAUGGACGAAGUCCUCUCAGACUCCAGCCAGUUUAGCAGGGACAACCAGCAGAUGAUGUCCAUCGCGAAGGAAGCGCGCCGGACCGCACAACGCCUGUCAGUCUUCAUUUAUGCUUUUGUCACUUCGCAGAUCGCCCUUUCGUUUCCCAUGCCGCUGAUUGCGUUUGCUGGGGAAGGGAAACUGCCAUUCAUACAGCACCCGUGGAUCAACUCGACGACGUCUCCGGCCUACGGCACAAUGUACGCACUGCAAUGCCUGUCUUCUGGGUACCACAUCUACAUUAGUCUCGGGAUGGACUGCUUCUUCACCGGGGUGAUGAUCCAUACAACAGCCUGCUUGAGAAUACUGUCUUUGCGAAUUACUGCCCUGCUGUCGGACAACGUUCCAAGUAGCGAGGGCUCGGCCACGGGAAUGUGUUAUGGGAGUGGAGAACCUGUGGCACGUGAUGAGAUGUACAAGAAAUUGCGAGCCUGUAUAUGCAGCCACCAGAAGAUUAUUGGGUGA